GAGAAAUAUUUGUUAGUUUUUGAACAUAAAGAUUCAAGCUCUCCUGUCUAAAAACAGCCUCCUCUAGUACUCAAGUGUUGGAUUAAAGUACAAUACUUAGGCACAUUUGUCUGAGAAGCACAAUGGCCAUUUCAGAAUUAAGUUGGGAGCAAUGCCAAGCUGAGAAGCUUCCUCUGUUUGCCGAAACGCAGAUGAGUUCAAAGCCACUGCGCAUAGCUCUGUUUAUCGAGCCCUCUCCCUUUGCCUAUGUGUCUGGUUAUAAAACCAGGUUCCAAAACUUUAUCAAAUAUCUACGCGAAAUGGGGGAUGAGGUGAUGGUUGUGACCACUCAUGGUGGAAUUCCAGACGAAUUUCAUGGAGCACAACUUGUAGGAUCACUCAGCUUCCCCUGUCCUCGUUAUGAAAAGGUACCACUUUCCCUUGCGCUUAGCCCUAGAAUAAUUUCAAAGGUUUCAGAAUUUAAGCCUGACAUAAUCCAUGCAACAUCCCCUGGUUUUAUGGUUUUCGGUGCUCUUACCAUUGCAAAACUGUUGUCUGUUCCCAUACUGAUGUCUUAUCAUACACAUCUUCCAGCCUACAUACCAAGAUACACCUUCAGUUGGCUGGUCCCACCAAUGUGGUGGAUCAUAAGGUUCUUACAUAGAGCAGCUGAUCUUACAUUGGUUCCAUCAGCUGCCAUUGCCGAGGAGUUGGAAAAAGCUAGGGUGACAGCAGCCAACAAGAUACGUCUCUGGAACAAGGGUGUUGACUCUAUAACCUUCAACCCAAAACAUCGUUCUCAUAAGAUGAGAUCACGGUUAAGCAAUGGUGAAGUAGAUAGGCCUUUGAUUGUUCAUGUUGGGCGCCUAGGAGUGGAGAAGAAUUUGGAAUUCCUCAAAAGGGUAAUGGAUAGGCUUCCAGAAGCCCGGAUCGCUUUUAUUGGAGAUGGACCGUAUAGGGCCGAGCUGGAAAAAUUAUUUUCUGGCAUGCCUGCUGUAUUUACAGGAAUCUUACAAGGAGAGGAACUCUCUCAGGCAUACGCUAGUGGAGACGUUUUCAUAAUGCCUUCAGAAUCCGAGACAUUGGGGAAUGUGGUCCUCGAGGCAAUGUCCUCUGGACUCCCUGUCGUGGCUGCUCGGGCAGGAGGUAUUCCCGAGAUCAUUCCCUCUGAUCAGCAAGAUAAGACUGGCUAUCUCUUCAAUCCGGGAGACAUCGAUGACUGCUUAAGCAAAUUGGAACCUCUUCUGAAAAACUCAGUGUUAAGACAAACUAUUGGAAAAGCUGCACGGGAGGAAAUGGAGAAGUGCGACUGGAAGGCAGCCACAGCAAAAAUACGAAAUGAAGAUUAUGACGAUGCCAUUGGAUUCUGGAGAAAGAAAAGAGCGCAGCCUUUGAGUACCAUGCAGUGGUUUACAAGUAUUUUCCGGUCACGCACAGUUGAUAUAUGUAAAUAUCUCUAGCUAUCCAGGAUGUCCUGGAAGUGGCCUUAGGUUUGAUUUGUCAAUUUGUGCGGACUGCAGUAGUUUCUCUGCAGACAUUUAGCAGUGUAUUCGAUUGAGAUUUUAAAGAUUUUUUUCUUCAUGAAAUAUGAGGGUAUUCAAUUGGGAUGGUUUAAA